AUCUGUCUACCCUUUCCCAAAGAUAUUCCUUUGAACAACAAACACAUAGUGGAAAACUAUUCUUGCACAGUUAUUGAGGCUCUAGACUCAAUACUUGAGACAAUCAAAGCAAAAGCAAUAAAAAGGAACUAUUCGCUGGGCAUUUCGUUUUGAAAAUGCCUGACAAGUGGGGUAAGUGGCAGAAUAUUUUAUUUUUCCCCUGGGCAUAUUCUGCGGCGUUGUCUCUUCUGAAAAUGUUAUUGUCAUUAUCUGUGAGCGGCUUUCGAAAGCUUCGUCGAAAGAUUUGCCGCCAUGCAAAUGCAAAGGAAUACACUGAACUGACCGCGACUCUACCGGACAGAUGAGGAAUCCUCCUCCGAGGAGUCAUCCGAUCCAACGCCCGCACAAACUGCCGCUUCGACCCGAAGAAAGUUUGACGAUGAGGAGGAUGAUGAUGAAGUCUUAGAUUCCUGGAGUGCCGCCGAGGACUCUGAAGUUGAACGCGAGAAGGCAAAGGUCGAAGCCGAGAGAAAAGCAAAGGCUGAUGCAUUGGCUGCCGCGAACAAGAAGUCGAAAAAGGAACGUGUCGCUGAAAAGCAGGCCGAGAGAGCACGUCAACUGGCAGAAGAUAGCGACGAGAGCAGUGAAGAUGAGGCUACAAGAAGAGAACGCCUUAGACGAACUGAACAAGAAUCCGACUUGAAGCACGCUGAGGACCUUUUUGGCAACAUUGGUAUCAACUCUCGCAAGACUACAAGUGCUGCCAACGCGGUGCAAGUUGAUGAGAAGAACCCCGCAGCCACUGUUGAUUUGACAACCCUCCCACUUUUCGAUCCAAAAACCAAGCCCCAAUUCGAGAAGCUCCGCGAAACUCUUGUGCCUCUCAUUACCAGUAACGUCAAGAAGGCACAAUAUAUCAUUUUCUUGCAAGAAUUCACCAAACAGAUUUCUAAAGAUCUUCCCAGUGAUCAAAUUAAAAAGAUCGCUAGUACAUUGACGGCCUUGAGUAACGAGAAAAUGAAGGAGGAGAAGGCAGCUGAAAAGGGAGGAAAGAAGUCCAAAGCACAAAAAACCAAGACUACCUUGAAUGCAAGCAGAGAUGCCAUCUCUCAUAAAGAUACCCAGGCUUAUGACGAUGAUUUUGGAGAGUAAGUUUAUGUAAUCUCUUACUAUCCACAGUAGAUACUGACGAACUGCAGUGAGGAUUUUAUGUGAAAGGGCUUUAGCUAUAGUUAUCAUAUCUCAAUCUAUCUAGCAUCCUCUAGAAAUGAGAAUACAUCCCCAGUCGGUUUCAUGCAGCUGUAGUCAGGUGCAAACGAGUUACUAGUAUGCGGCCGGUCCCCAAAACCUGAAUAUGCACGAACUGCCAAAGGCGAAAGUGGCCCCUUCCCGAAUGCAGGCAUGCUUUAGGAACUUGAGUGGAUAGAUGCAGCGAAUCGUGCGGGGUUCGGAUUCAUAUAAAGUCAGAUUGGCGACGGGAAAGAGGACAAUGGCAUUGCUGGUCUGAUGGUUCUAAAUUGCACUUUGGGUCACUUUGGUUCUUUCUCAACUUGAGGGUCUUAAUAUACGCGUUAAGUCGUAUUUAAUCAUGAGCAUGAGAAUGGAUAGACAUAGCGAAAUACGAUUGAGAGCUUAAUUUUUGGGAAUUCACCUAUACUA